GCGGGCGGCUCUGGCUCGGUGACGCGGCGCCGAACGGAGCGGGCGGAGCGGGCGGGCCGGGGCGGAGCGGAGUCCUCCGCAGAGCAGCCCCUUCCGGCCGCGGCCGCCGACCCCGGCCCCCGGCCCCGCCUGGCUCUAUGGACAGGAGCUCGCUGCUGCAGCUUAUCCAGGAGCAGCAGCUGGACCCUGAGAACACAGGUUUCAUCGGUGCGGACACCUUCACUGGCCUGGUGCACAGCCAUGAGCUGCCUCUGGACCCAGCCAAGCUGGACAUGCUGGUGGCCUUGGCCCAGAGCAACGAGCGGGGCCAGGUCUGCUACCAGGAGCUGGUGGACCUGAUCAGCAGUAAACGCUCAAGCAGCUUUAAGCGGGCCAUCGCCAACGGACAGAGGGCCCUGCCCCGGGACGGGCUGCUGGAUGAGCCAGGCCUGGGCGUCUACAAGCGGUUUGUGCGCUACGUCGCCUACGAGAUCCUGCCCCGGGAGGUGGACCGCCACUGGUACUUCUACCGGCACCGCAGCUGCCCACCCCCCGUGUUUAUGGCCUCGGUCACCCUUGCCCAGAUCAUCGUGUUCCUGUGCUACGGGGCCCGUCUCAACAAAUGGGUGCUGCAGACCUACCACCCUGAGUACAUGAAGAGCCCCCUCGUGUACCAUCCCGGCCACCGUGCUCGAGCCUGGCGCUUCCUCACCUACAUGUUCAUGCACGUCGGCCUGGAGCAGCUGGGGUUCAACGCGCUCCUGCAGCUGAUGAUCGGGGUGCCCUUGGAGAUGGUGCACGGUCUGCUCCGCAUCAGCCUGCUCUACCUGGCCGGCGUGCUGGCAGGCUCCCUGACUGUCUCCAUUACCGACAUGCGGGCCCCUGUGGUGGGGGGCUCUGGUGGGGUCUACGCCUUGUGCUCGGCACACCUGGCCAACGUCGUCAUGAACUGGGCUGGGAUGAGGUGUCCCUACAAGCUGCUGAGGAUGGUGCUGGCCUUGGUGUGCAUGAGCUCCGAGGUGGGCCGGGCCGUGUGGCUCCGCUUUUCCCCACCACUGCCUGCCUCAGGCCCACAGCCCAGCUUCAUGGCACACCUGGCAGGUGCAGUGGUCGGGGUCAGCAUGGGUCUGACCAUCCUGCGCAGCUAUGAGGAGCGGCUUCGGGACCAGUGCGGCUGGUGGGUGGUGCUGCUUGCCUACGGCACUUUCCUGCUCUUUGCCAUCUUCUGGAACGUCUUCGCCUAUGACCUGCUAGGCGCCCACAUCCCCCCACCACCCUGAUGGGCUCCUCAGGGCCACACAGGCCAGGGUGCGGGCGUGUGUGGGCCGGCCACCGGGCGAGCCCGCGUGUCCGUCCGCUGUGAAUGUACAUCUCAAGACUGCUUGUCCUCCGUGGGGACCGGUGGGUCCUGUAGCCCGUGGUGUCCAGGCCAAGCCUUACAUCGGCCCUGGCCACCCCCUCCCGGGCCUGGGGAGGUAGGACUGCCUGGCCAGGCAGUGGAGGUCCCCAAGUGUGGCCCUGGAGGAGACCCUGCCCCAGCCUCCCCACCACGAUUUGCGGUCUGAGCCUUUUUGGAAAACGAAUAAAUAUUUUACACAGCA